UUAAAUAGUUAAUGAAUCUUUUUAUCAGUGUAUAUCUAUACUUUUUAUGUUGUGCUUUUAUAUUUAAUUACAUGCUAUUAAAAUAGCUAUUUAUUUUUUUUCUUAUUAAAUGUGCUUGAAUUUGUUUAUUCACAGUCCUGAAACCUGUCCAUCAACAACAACCGGUCAUAAAAAAACUCAAGCCAUUCGAAAACAAGAAUACAGACUUCGGAUGAAAGAAAAGUCUGGGCCUAAAAAACAGAAAGAGGACAGACCAGCCAAAAAGUCCGCAGCGGAGCGUCAACGGGAAUGCAGGUUGAGAAAAAAACUCCGAGCGAAUCAAAACAUCAACGCAGAGUCAAACUCAGACGUUACUGAAAUUUUACCGAGGCAAGAUGCAGGACCUUCCAACUACUUGACAUCGGUAACUACAGCACAGGUGGUACCUUCAAGUCCUGACGAUGGACCUGUCAUUACACACCACGAAGUAGUUAUUGAGACUGCACCGGUAUCAACAAAAAAACGUCAAAACGUACAACAGCACAAAAGUGUUAGUGAUGUGUACAAAAAAAAAAGGAAACCAAAUCAAACCAGAAACCUUAAUUUUGAUGAGAUUUGUCAGCUUCCCAGCCAACCUAUACUGACUCCUCGUUUGCUAACUAAUGAAAUGGAAAUUUUACAACCAGCCGAGAAUGAAUUCAUUGAAAAUGAAGACAAUAUCAACAUGUCUGAAGAGUCAACAUCGGAGCCAAAUUCUAGCCUGCCAUACCGUAGCUAUCAAACUCAAAAAUCAGCACAUAAGCUAUUUAAAAAAAAGAUCCUACAGAAUUCCUUUGGUCACGCCUGUAAUGUUUGUGAUCGUUUAUGGUUUUUAGAAGAUCUUAAAUGUGGAUCAGCAGAUGAAGAAAUCUUACUUAAACGAAUUACGGUAAAGUAGUCCCAUAGUAGUAUAAUUUACAAUUAUCUAAUAUCUUACCAACUCUAAUUAUAUGAUAUUUUUCAGAAUUUUACGGAUGUCACUCAAGUCAUGAUGUGCAAAACUUCCAGAGCCAGUAUCUUAAAAGGCAAUAUUCCCUUUUUAGCUACGUAUAAUGGUUUUAAAUAUCCACAAAGACCAGUGGAUUUGCCGGAAUUGGAUAUUAUUGCUGAGAGACUUAUUUCACCAAGGCUUCCGUUUAUGCAAAUACGUAGAUUACGCCAUUUCAAUGGUCAAUUUGCUAUAACUGGCCAAAUAAUUAAUGUGCCUGUCUCGGUUGAUAAUAUGAUAAAACUUUUACCAAGGCCGCUUGAUGGAAAUGAAGAAGACUAUUGUAUUAAUGUUCAUAUUAAGAAGAA